CCCCUUUCCAGCGGCACGGCACUGCACUGCUGCAACUCUCUCAGCUCGUCGACAGCAUCUCUUCGACCAAGACCUGCCCAUCAUGACGGAGAAGUCGAGGAACAACGCCGGCCAGGAGAAGCCCGACAAGGGCUUCUACUUCCUCGGCGGCCGGCAGUACCCUCGAGUCCAGUGGACCAAGGACCCCAACAUGCGGAAGCUGUACAUCUACUGCUUCCUGCUCAUCCUCGUCAACGUCGCCAAUGGCUUCGACGGCUCCAUGAUGAACGGUCUGCAGUCUCUGCCCCUGUGGCAGGACUACUUUGACCAUCCUGUCGGCGUCCGCCUCAGUCUCUUCGGUUCCGCCAUGACCCUCGGUGGUCUGCUCGCCCUGCCCGUCAUCCCCUGGUGCUGCGACCACCUCGGCCGCAAGAAGACCGUCAUCAUCGGUUCCUUUAUUAUUCUCCUCGGCGUUGCCCUGCAGGCAGGCGCGAUCAACUUCCCCAUGUUCUUCGCUGCACGCAUCAUCCUCGGCACCGGCAUGACCCUCGCCACCACCGCCGGCCCGCUUCUCGUCGCCGAGAUCGCCCACCCACAAGAUCGCGCUAUUCUGACCACAUUCAUGGGUCUGGCGUACGCGAUUGGAUCAUUUGUGGCUUCGUGGGUAACGUUUGGAACCCUCAAAAUUCCCAAUGACUGGGCGUGGCGAGUUCCCUCCCUCCUCCAGUGCUGGUGCACGGUCAUCAUCUUGUGUAUUAUCUGGUGGAUCCCCGAGUCGCCUCGUUUCUACAUUGCCCGCGACGAGCACGAGAAGGCCCUGGCCAUUCUUGCUCACUACCACGGUGCCGGUGACGAGAACAACGAGAUCGUGCAGCUCGAGUACAACGAGAUUCGCACCGCGAUCGCCAUGGACCGCGAGAACAACAUCAACUCGUCCUGGAUGGACUUUGUCAGCACGCCCGGUAACCGCAAGCGCCUCAUGCUCGUCGUGGCCUUGGCCGCGUUCGCCCAGUGGUCCGGAAACGGCAUUGUGUCGUACUACCUCAAGCUCGUCCUGGACGGCAUCGGCAUCACCAACUCGCAGGACCAGCUCGGCAUCAACAGCGGGUCCAAGACCAUGUCCCUGCUCGUCAACCUGGGUGUUGCCUUCUUCAUUGAUCGCUUCGGCCGUCGCCCCAUCCUGCUUGUCAGCACCACGGGCAUGUUCGUCAUGUUCCUGAUCUGGACCAUCCUGAGCGCUCUCUACAACAAGGACGCCCCCAACCCGGCGCUCGGUCGUGCCGUCGUUGGUCUUAUCUAUGCCUACAACUUCUGCUACAACUUCAAGACCGGCCUGCCCCUGACCUACACGACCGAGAUCCUGCCCUACGGCCUGCGCGCCAAGGGCGCCGCCGUCUCCGUCGUGACCACCACCGCGACCGUCUUCUUCAACCAGUUCAUCAACCCCAUCGCCAUGAACAACAUCCAGUGGCGCUACUACAUCUUCUACGUCUGCUUCCUCGCCUUCGAGAUCGUCUUCCUCUACUUCAUGGUCGUCGAGACCCGCUAUGUCCCCAUGGAGGAGAUCGCCAAGCACUUUGACGGCGAGCAGGCUGACGUCGCGGCCGUCGCGGCCGGCAAGACGGCCGAGCUGGAGCACGGCGCGGCGGUCAGCCAUGUCGAGAUCUCGCAUGGCAGGAAGGCUGAUGUUUAAGGAACGGGACCUGGUUGUUUCCUUGAUGCAAGUUGAUGGACUGCAUGGUGUGGCAUGACAAAGCUGUGUUGAUCUCAAGUCGGCAUUUGUUGCCAGUCACUGAUGUCCGCUGUCACGCUGCUGCUGUGUAAUCACUCAUCCCAGCUGCUCCCUUGUGUCACGUAGAACGAGUGGUCAGCCCUUUGCCUGAUUUUUAUGAAUAUAACCUCCAAUACUGAAUUCAACGUGUGAACCAUUGAAUGGACUGUGGGAAAACGCGCAU